AUGAGACGAUUAAAACAUCGUCAUAAACAUAAAGAACUUCAGAUCACAGUCAAGAAACGAGACAGAGGAAUUAAGUCAUCGUUCUGCUCGUUCUACUUCAUCGCCGGCACACUCAAGACACUUACUUUGAUCUUUUUUUACUAUCUAUUCUCUAUUGGACUGACCUUCUACAACAGGCAUUUGUUCAUGGAAAGUAAGUUGGCGCUGUUUGCUACAAUGUGCCAUCUGGUCAUCAAAUUUGUGGUGGCGAGUCUGGCCAGGCUCUUGUUGGAAUACAAAACCAAAACACCAAGGGUUGUACUCGACUGGAACACGUACAUCCGGCAUGUUGCUCCAGCAGGUCUUGCAAGUUCCCUGGAUAUAGGAUUAUCUAACUGGAGUUUUGAAAUGAUCACAGUCUCCUUAUACACAAUGUCCAAGUCGACUGCCGUGGUGUUCAUUCUGUUCUUCUCGCUGGUUUUCAGGCUGGAGAAGUUUCGAUGGAGUUUAGUGGUGGUUGUUUUGCUGAUCUUCUCUGGGCUGAUGAUGUUUACAUAUCACUCCACUCAGUUUAACACAACCGGCUUUAUACUGGUGAUGACCGCUUCGGUGUUAGCAGGACUGCGCUGGACCUUGGCUCAGGUUCUGCUGCAGAAAGAUCAAAUAGGUUUACACAAUCCACUGGACAUGAUGUACCAUAUACAACCAUGGAUGAUGGUGGCACUGUUACCGCUUUGUGUCGGUGUCGAAGGGUUAUUUGUGUCAACCACAGAACUGUAUUUUCGUUUCUCCGAUUGGUCAGCCCUGAUGUCCAACAUCGGGGCGGUUGUCUUUGGUGGCUGUCUUGGCUUCAUGCUGGAGCUGAGUGAGUAUCUCCUGCUGGCUCACACAUCCAGUCUCACCCUGUCCAUCUCUGGAGUAUUUAAGGAAUCCUGUAUCCUGGCCCUGGGCUACUUGGUAAACCACGACCGGCUCAACUUCUUCAACAUGCUGGGUCUAGUCUUGUGUUUGUUGGGAAUCACAGUGCAUGUCAUCACAAGUGCUCUUAUGGGCAGAAGAAAACUUCAGCGAAAAGUAAACCGAAGGGCAGCUUCUAUAGAGAUACUAACAAAAAGGAAACAAGUUGAAAGUGAUGAUUCAGACAGCGACAAAGUGACUUUAUUUCACAGGGAUCACAACAGAUAG